GACCCGGGUCAAAGUCCCAAUCACACAAUGCAUGUGAGGUGUCCAGAGGAAAGAAAGGCUGCUCUUGAGAUAGUUACGUUGUUAAUGUAAUUAUUAAACUCCCCUGAGGUAGGUGUAUGGUGUAUGGUCUUCACAGCAGUAUGGACUAAGUGGAAAGUGAUUAAAACUCAAAUCAUUUGAAGUUCUCCAAACCAAGAGAAGUUACCCGAGGAUCCCAGUGUGGUGGUAGCCCUCAGCUGAAAUAGGGCCUUUAGCAAGGUGGAGGCAGCACGCUGCAGCCAGGACUUGUCACAUUACUCUCAGCUCCACUGUGGGACGCGGGCACCUGAAUACAGGCUGUGAGAGAGAGAGUAACAAGAGUGAGAGUAAAACUAGACCAAACACAGGAAAGCAAGGACGCAGAAACAGAAUCCAACUUUGGGAACUUGGGAAACACUUUUAUCUCUUGAGUCAAGGGGAUCCCAGCUGUGUGUUGCCAGAGAUUGUCGUUAAUAGUACUCCAGCCUCUUUUGUAAGACUUUGGACCUGUUUAAAAAAGAGACAGCACGAUGGAUAAGGCUGUACUGGACUAUGAGUACCCAGACCUGGAUCCUUUGCCAUCCAAAAUUGAAGCAGAAAUAAUCACUCCAUGUGACCCUACUGCUAAUGACAGGCUCUACCACAUAUGCAUCACUGCGAUAUCUCUUGUUGUCAUGCUGAUCCUCGCAAUCUUAGCCAGACGCACAAAGGUGGGCAACAGACAAACAGGACUCCCAGGUUUACUCAGUCCGGUCAACUUCCUGGACCAUACGCAGCACAAGGGCCUUGCAGUGGCUGUGUUUGGAGUGCUCUUGUGCAAACUGUGGGGCCUGAUCAUAUCGCCAAACCCCCUCCCCUUCAUAACAGACACAGAGAACAAACAGAACUGGGUGAUUCUUGGAGUCUUCUACUACCCCGCGCUAUACUACCCUCUCCUGGCAUGUGGUACUUUACAUAAUAAAGUUGGCUAUGUACUUGGUAGCUUCUUGUCAUGGACGCACUUUGUUGUUCUGGUCUGGCAGAAAAUUGACUGUCCCAAAACACCUUUGAUACACAAACACUACUCCCUUUUCUCCAGCCUGCCCCAGAUAGCUUGCUUAGCAUUCCUUAGUUUCCAGUAUCCCCUUUUUCUAUUCAAGGGCUUGAAGGGCACUGAAAAGAACAAUGUUACAGAGGAUCUCAGCAGCAGCUACUAUAAAGACUAUGUGAAGAAAAUGCUCAAGAAGAAGAAGCCCACCAAAAUCAGCACAGAGACGCCAAAGCUCCCUCAAAGAAUAAUUGAUGCUAUGAAGUCAUACAUUUAUACACCAGAAGAAGCCUUCCGGUUUCCGCUGAAGUUGGCAAUAUCUGGUGUUGUGUCAUUUAUUACCCUGUAUCAAAUGGGUCUUCUACUAAUCUCGUCAGUGCUGCCACCGCUCCAGAUCGCCCGUUCGGGAGUCGAUGAAGACGUCGCCAACCUAUUAGCUAGCUUCAAGAUUAUGCUGUCUCCAGACAAACAUGAAGUGGUCAGAAUAGUGGUUUAUUACAUGUGGUGUGUAGAAGUGUGCUAUAUCUCAGCGAUGACCCUGUCUGGCUUGGUCAACCUGGCUAUGCUCAUGCGCUCCAUGGUUCUGCAUCGGUCAAACCUGAAGGGGCUGUACAAAGGAGAUAUCUAUAAUGUUUACAACUGCCAGAGAAGUAUCAGGGCUUCACGGCCAGCACUAGUCUGCUGGAUGGGAUACACCAGCUUCACUGCAGCUCACAUCUGCAUUGGCAUGAUCGUCCAGACCAUGGUGUUCUUCAUCUGCCUUCUGAUCGCUGUCUUCCUCAUCAUCAUACCUGUACUGCACGGACAGAAUCUGAUUCUCUUUCAGAUCCUGGGGAGCAUGUGGCCCUUCUGGCUGAUGAUUGUCUUGGCUGUGUUGAUUCAAAAUGUCACCGGCAGGUUUUGCUUCAUCAGAAAAACAGCAGGCACACGAGACCUAGACAACAGGGGUAAUCUGUUCCUGCUGACAUACCUAAUGUUCCCAGUCAACGUUCUGAUCGGGGUGCUUCUGGCAGUGUGGCGCAUGAUCAUCACAGCCCUGUUCAACAUUGUCCACAUGGGACGCAUGGACAUCAGUCUUCUUAACCGCAAUGUAGAAGCAUUUGACCCAGCCUACCGCUGCUAUGCUCAUUAUCUGAAGAUUGAGGUUAGCCAGUCGCACCCUGUGAUGAAGGCCUUCUGCGGGAUGCUGCUGCAGUCCAUGGACCAAGAGGAGAGCAAUGCUGCACAGAGGUCACGGGAUGCUGAAGAGGGGAUCCAGCUGGUCGAUCAGGAGAAGAAACAGCGCAGAGUGUCCAGUGCAAAGAGGGCCCGGAGACACUGGCAGCUCCUCUACACCCUGGUCAACAACCCUUCCUUGGUGGGCACCAGGAAGCACUUCCAGCGUCAGACCACAGAGAGCUUUCUGAAUGGAAGCCUCAACCGCAGCGCCAAGGAGGGGAGCAAAAAGGAAGCUGCAACCAAGGAGGCGGAGGCUGCUGCCGGCAACUGAAUCUGAAAGUGACCGUGAUUAAGGACUGGUACAAAGUCUCUUCUGGUUUGGGGCGAAUUCUACAGUCAUAUUAUUUGUCCACACCUACUGAAAUAAGUGCACUUAAAUAGUUCAGCGCCACAUGUCAAGAUAUUCACUGAGCCUUUCCUGUCUGGAGAUUGUGCGUCCACUUUUACAUGUGAGGGCCACAGUCUCCGGCUGAUGGGAAAGCUUGUGUGGCACUGAUCUCCCAUCUGAACACACUUGUGUGUCAUUUUCAACAUGUUGAUGUGCUUAUUUGGGGAUAGCAAUUGUUUGCUUUAUGUUUCAACCUGUAGGGUAAUCAAAUUUGUUUGCUGAUAUUUUGUUAUUAUCAUAUCUGCACAUAAUGCAGAUUUGUGCAUUCCACUGAAGCAUCCCUUUUUAAAGAGUGUAUCAAUAUGUAGCACAUUUCACUAUUUAUUAAUUUACAGAAUGAGCUCAGACAGGGUAAUACAUAUUUUUUUCAACUGUACACAUUUUGUGUAAUUAACAAUAACCUGUGGAAUAUGAACUACCAGACAAAUGUUUUCUGUUUUAUUUGUAGAUCUUUAAGUCACAAACCACUUGCUGCUGCCAGCGUUUUCUUAUUCUCUUUUCUGAUUUCUGAUAUUCACCAACAUUACAUUAUUUGUGUCUGCAUUGACAUAUAAAAUGCCCACAGUUAAGUGAAAAUAAGAACACCUUCGAAUUUUACUUCUGAUUACUGUGAAAAUAAAACAGAAAAUAAACUUG